CUCCUCCUCCCGAACGAGUCUGGCCGGAGUCUGUGGCUCAAAAUGGCGGCCGCGGCGGCGGCCGGAGCAGACCGAGGAGGGGGUAGUAGCGAGAGCCGCUGAGGCGGGCCGGCCCCUGCUGCCCAGCCGGGGAUCAUGGAGGCUCCGGGCUGCAGCUGAAAGACGCGCUCGAAAUGGAGGCAAAGAACCUACCUGAGCCAUGUCUUGAAGUUUUAUAAUGGAUUAUGGAACUGUGUGCUGAUGAGCCAGCAAGUGGAAUGCCUGAGUGACUGAAGAAAAUGGGUGCUAAUGCUUCGAACUACCCUCAUUCGUGUUCCCCAAGGGUAGGGGGAAAUUCUCAGGCACAACAGACAUUCAUAGGAACAUCCUCCUAUUCUCAUCAAGGCUAUGGCUGUGAAUCCAAACUGUAUAGCCUUGACCAUGGCCAUGAGAAACCUCAAGACAAGAAAAAGAAAAGCUCUGGGCUUGCCACCCUCAAAAAGAAGUUUAUUAAGCGCCGAAAGUCUAGCCGGUCUGCCGAUCAUGCCAAGCAGAUGCGUGAGCUACUCUCAGGCUGGGAUGUUAGAGAUGUCAAUGCGUUAGUGGAAGAGUAUGAAGGAACGUUAGCCUUAAAGGAGCUUUCUCUACAAGCUAGUUUGGCAAGACCAGAAGCCAGAACGUUGCAGAAAGACAUGGCUGAACUGUAUGAGUUCAAAUACUGUACGGAUGUAGAUCUAAUAUUUCAAGAGACUUGCUUUCCUGUGCAUCGUGCAAUUUUGGCUGCAAGGUGCCCAUUUUUUAAAACCCUACUUUCUUCUUCACCGGAGUACGGUGCAGAGAUUAUAAUGGAUAUCAACACAGCUGGCAUAGACCUGCCCAUGUUUUCUGCAUUGUUACACUACUUGUACACAGGAGAAUUUGGAAUGGAGGACUCGAGAUUUCAAAACGUUGACAUCCUUAUGCAGCUCAGUGAAGAAUUUGGAACACCAAAUUCUUUAGAUGUUGAUAUGCGAGGGCUGUUGGACUACAUGUGUUACUAUGAUGUGGUUCUCAGCUUUUCAUCUGACUCUGAACUGGUUGAAGCUUAUGGUGGAAGUCAGAGCUGCUUAGAGGAGGAGCUCAGAGCGCACAAAGCUAUCAUUUCAUCACGAUCCCCAUUUUUUCGACAUCUACUACAGCGGAGAAUACGGACCGGUGAAGAAAUCACAGAUCGAACGCUAAGGACUCCAACAAGGAUUAUACUGGAUGAAUCUAUCAUACCAAAAAAAUACGUGAGAGUGAUUUUAAACUGUAUGUAUACAGAUUUGGUGGACCUCUCUAUUUUGCACAGCAGUCCCUCAGUGGGGAGUUUAAGCGAAGUUCAGGCUCUUGUAGCAGGAAAGCCAAACAUGACAAGGGCUGAAGAAGCUAUGGAACUUUACCACAUUGCUCUCUUCCUGGAGUUCAAUAUGCUUGCGCAAGGCUGUGAGGAUAUUAUCGCUGAGAGCAUCUCACUAGACACCUUAAUUGCCAUUCUCAAGUGGAGUUCUCAGCCGUACGGCUCCAAGUGGGUUCAUCGCCAAGCACUGCAUUUCCUCUGUGAGGAAUUUACACAGGUCAUGACUUCAGAUGUCUUUUAUGAACUCGGCAAAGACCACCUGCAAACUGCCAUCCAGUCUGACUACUUACAGGCGAGUGAGCAAGAUGUCCUGAAGUAUCUUGUUAAAUGGGGUGAACAUCAGCUGAUGAAAAGAAUAGCAGACCGAGAGCCCAAUUUGCUGAGUGGCACAGCUCACAGUGUGAACAAGCGAGGUGUAAAGAGGCGAGAUCUUGACAUUGAGGAACUGAAAGAGAUCCUUUCUCCUCUCCUACCGUUUGUCCGUAUUGAGCAUAUUUUGCCUAUGAACAGUGAAGUCCUGACUGAUUCUAUGAAGAGAGGUCUCAUCAGCACUCCUCCUUCGGAUAUGUUGCCGACAGCGGAAGGUGGGAAGUCAAAUGCCUGGCUGCGACAAAAGAAUGCGGGCAUUUAUGUGAGGCCAAGGCUGUUUUCACCGUAUGUGGAGGAGGCUAAGUCGGUUCUAGAUGAGAUGAUGGUGGAACAGACUGACCUGGUUCGUUUACGGAUGGUUAGAAUGUCCAAUGUGCCAGAUACUCUCUACAUGGUAAACAAUGCCGUUCCGCAGUGCUGUCAUAUGAUAAGUCACCAGCAAAUAAACAGUAACCAAUCCAGCGCUCCUUCAGUUGUAGCCAAUGAAAUCCCAGUUCCUCGUCUCCCUGUUGUGAAAGAGAUGGUCAAACGGCUGCAGGAGCUUCGCCAUACCGAGCAGGUGCAAAGAGCUUACGCUCUGAACUGUGGAGAAGGGGCCACUGUCAGCUACGAGAUUCAGAUCCGUGUACUGCGGGAAUUUGGGCUUGCUGAUUCUGCCGCUGAGCUCUUGCAGAAUCCUCACAAGUUCUUUCCAGAUGAGCACUUUGGGGAUGAAAGCCCACUCUUGACCUUGAGACAGCCGGGGCGGUGUCGCGUGAACAGCACACCCACAGCGGAAACCAUGUUUACAGAAUUAGACUCUUUUGUGGCCUUCCAUCCACCGCUGCCCCCUCCCCCACCUCCUUACCACCCGCCAGCUACUCCAAUCCACAAUCAGUUCAAAGUCGGCUGGAAGCAAAGGGCGCAGAGCCAGCACCCCUCGCGUUCCUUUUCUUACCCCUGCAACCAUUCCCUGUUCCAUGCCAGAACAGCACCGAAAGGCCCCCCACCCAUCUACCUGUCUGGUGUCAAAGCCACACCUCCUGAUUGCACUAACACUACAGGACUGGGAAGACAAACAGUUGCUGCCGCAGCAGCAGUAAUAGCUGCUGAAAAGCAAGUAGGUACUCAACCUGUGCUCAAUGAACUGAUGCCAGAUAUCGCUAUGGGUGUGUCGACAAUGUCUCUGAAGGACAGGAGGCUGCCAGAGCUCACUGCUGACACAGAACUGAGCCAGCCUGUUCUGGAAGUUGGGCCAGGAGCAGCCCAGCACAUUUCAUGCCUUCAGACAAGGCACAUGCACAGUUCCCGGAAAAAACAUUCAGUUGAACAAAAACUGGAUUCGAGAGAGAAUCCGCAGGAAUACCCAGAUUUCUACGAUUUCUCCAACGCUGCAUGCAGACCGUCUACUCCUGCCCCCAGCAGGCACACUCCUUCACCUUCUCAAGGUAUCUAUUUUGGCCCAGAUUUGUACAGCCACAAUAAAGCACCACCCAGCGGCUUAAAGGCCACCCACUUACCUAACCACAUCUCUCCAAAAAAGCUUGAAGACUCUCGGAGGGAGUAUGCACUUUCUCAAGAAGGGCAUCCGCAUAGACAAAAGAAUGAACCGAUACACCUCAAUGUCUUAGAACAACCUCCCCAGCGGUUGGACUUGGCAUUGGCUGCCCAAGAGAAUGCUGGAAAUGGCCCAGUUCACGCAAGGGGGCGAACAAAAAUAGAAACUGACUUAACCUAUGGGUUAACCUCUGGCCGGCCUUCUCUGCCUGCAUACAGCUCAGAGAUCCAUGAAGAGCAGUCCGGCCGGAGGCUGGCAGACCUCGAGCCCUUGGAGCAUGAAGCACAGAGAAAUGUGGAUUUGGAAAGGGAAGAGGCAGUAAGCAGAGGAAGGAGGUCUCCCAGCAAACCAGACUUCCUGUACAAAAAAUCUGCCCUCUGAAAACCACCUCCACUUCUUCUCUGUGCCUAAGAGUCAUGAAACAUCCAGUCUUUGCCACCUCUGGCCUGACUUUGGUUGGGCAAGUUCAUUUAUUGCCAGCUGCCACAUCACUUUUUAAUUAUUAUUUUUGUACAUACAUGGCUUCCUUAGAGAUGGCAUGCUACCAGUUUGUUUGGAAUGCUGCUCCAGAGUUUGUGUUCCAAACAGAUUUUGUUAAGCCUCUUUAAAAAAAAAAAGUAGCCGGCACCUUUAACAGAAAAUGAAAGGUAGCCUUUUGCACCUGUACAUGAAUUUUAUUUAGUUUUUGUACUAGUAUGUUAAAACUUGCUGUUAUAUUUAAAGGACAAUGUUCAUGCUCUCUUGGGUGGCUUUUUAAAAAAGAAUUCACCUUCCGGCUUCCUGUGCGCAUUGGGUUUGCGCACUGAGAUAUGUAUUUUCUUAUCAAAUGGUGACAAUGUCUGUCUUUAUUUUUGAAUGACUAUAGGAAUUCCAAAGAACAGCACAUCUAAGUAACUGCUCUGGUUCAGUCUCAAGCCUUCCUGGUCUACCACUAGUGCAAGAAUCCAGCCUAAUACGUUUGUUCUGUUUACCAAGUCCAUGGCAGCUGGCCUUCAUCUUGAUGUAGCAAGCCCUCACUGAUGUUUGUGGCCGAGGUUUUCUGUGGAAGUGAGGAAUAUAAUUCUCUUUGGGUUCCUUGAAAUCUUCUCUCUCUUUCUCCUCUUCCAGGGGUUGGGGGCUGACAUAACACCUCUGAGAAGCACUUAGUUAACUCCUUUUGUUGGAAUACACCUGGCACUGCAAAUUGUGACAGUACUGUAAACACUCUCAUCAAUUUUUCCUUUGAGUAAGGAUAUGCAGGUAUGGGGAGGUUUUGUACCAAGCCUAGGACAGUGAGAAGACUGUCUCUGACUUUGGUGUUAACGCUCCAUCUCCUUAGAGGAAGCUGCCUGUCUCCAGUAGAGGCACCCGAAAGAGUGCUUUCUGCCUUCUUUCUUCCACCUGCGAUUAAGCAACCAAGGGCUUCAACCUUAGUGAUGACACUGAAGGCUCCUGGACCCUGUAAGUCUCUUGCUUUGUGGACGGAAAUCACAAAUUGAAGAGGAACGCCUAAGGCUUAAAUUAGCUGUAAGCAAUUUAGCACUUAAUUUCUUCAUCCCAACCUCUUCUGUGUGCGCGCAUUUGGUUUUGUCUUUUUAAAAAGACUCUGGGGACUCCGUGCUUUUAUGAACACAAAGUAAAAGAGACGGGGCCGAUUGCGUAGAAACGCCCAUUGCUGCUAAUGAUGGCCAUUUGGGCUGUCAGCAGCUGUAUGCACCCACCAUGUCUUUUCUCAUGCAAGUAUUGGGGAAAGCUCCAGUGCUGCUGUGUGGCAUCUCCUAAUACAGGCCUGACAGGGUGGCCAGCUCUAAAAUGCAGAUCUUCCAUCACCAGAAGACCUCAGUCAGAAUAUUAACUAAAGGCUGUUCUAACCUUAAAUCUGACUCUGAUUUUAGAUACUUGACACUGUUUUAAAUGUACACUUUUUCAAUGUUUAAUCACACUUUUGUUUUCAGCUCUAAAAAGAGAACAGCUCCUGCCUUUCAGUUGCUGUGUCCUAUUUCUUUUAGGGGGCAAACACUGUUAAAGCAAACAGAAGUUCUGGAUGCUUGAUGGAUAGUGUGUAUGAGUGAGAGAGUAUCUUAUCCAGAAUUUUCACACUACAUUAACUUCGCUACAAUGGUGCAAAAAGUAUAAAGUCUCCUAUCCUCUGCCUUUUUAAUUUUGGGAACAAGGGAAGGUGAGAAUCUACUAUAUCAUCUUGUCUAGUGCUUUUUAGCUGUCUUUCAUGGUAUAGGAGAACUUUGGGACAAGAUUUACCUUUGUUCUAGUAGUUCCCACUUACUCAUGCACACCGAAUAUAUCUUUAAACCCACUCUCCCAAACAAGAGCACACAGAAACACCUACGUCCAUAUUAUAGGUUUUAGAUAUUCUGUUAUUUCAAGUAGGUCAUUUUGUCCAUGUCUGAAACAGAGCCUGUUUGCUUCAGUACGUUAGUAAUGUAAUGUGUGCCUAGCUCUGUCCGUGAGUUACCCGAGGGGUAAAUUCUUGAUCUCAAUAGUGGCUAUAGAGUUGGCUGAAAUAAUCCACCCAGGUUUAGUUUACACAUGGUUUUUCCUGUGGAAUAAGCUUAGUGAGAAGCUAUUUAGGUGCAUAUUGGCUCCCAGCGAACAAAACACACUGCUUUUGAAGUCAGGUAGUUGCCAUUUUGGACCAUAGGACGGCGUUCUAGAUGAAAGCAAAUCCUGGUAAGAGACAGAAUUUUGUAGCAUGCCUUAAGAUAAUGGAGUUAUUUAGACAAUGUAAAACAACUUGCAUUAAGUCAGAAAGGCAAAUGUUCCCAGAUAAUUUUUUGAGAUGGCAAGAAACUGGCUUCUUUACCUCUAUGGCUUUCAUUAAGAAUUUGCUGUUUCUAAUGUGUCAGCAAAACUCUUCUCGGAUUCUUUGGCUUAUUAAACUAGAUCCGUUUCCCACCAGUGGUCAGAUUGGUGCAGUUUUAGCAGGACCUCUAUUGAUCCAGUGUCAUUCUACUCCUCUUGCACUUCCUUAGGAAAAAGCGUAUUUUGAUACAGUAUCUAUAUUUUGUAAACGGCGUAUGAGCAACUGGCCAACUAAAGCCAAACUUUAAUAUCCAUUAUUUGAUAGAGCAGGAGUCGCCAACCUGGUGACAUUGGGCACUGUGUUGCCCACAAAGGCUUUCGUUUGUGCCCCUGGGCAGGUUCCCCGGACUCCAAGCUUUUUUUAAAAGAGGCAAGUCUCUAGUUAUGGGGCAAAAUGUGCUGGUACCUUCUAAGUGAUUUCUGUGAAAUGAAAGUGAACGUGAUGUGACCACCUUGUAUGUUUUUCUUGACACUGACAAAUGCUCCCUGUUAUUAGACAGAAACAGCACCAGUGCACAUGUGUGAUUAGUAGUUUGAUCUCCACAAUCAGGGCAUAGCUGACUGUGGUAGGCAUAAGGUUGUCAGGGUGCUUGUCUAAUUUUGUGUUCUGCCAUGGCCCCCACCUUAGGAGGCACUUUGUGACUCGAGCCACCAGCACUCUCCCAAAAUUUGAAAUGACCCCACUGUUCCAAAAAGGAACAGUGCAAUGCAGCGGUUUUGUCUGUGUGUUAACUUGGCCCGGCAACAAAUUGAUCAAACAUGUAUUGUGCCAUAAUUGAAAUUAGUUUUACAUUCUGCUGGGCAGAUGAUUUACUCAGAACUUCAACCGCUUGGCCCCUUUGUCCUCCAAAGAAUCAGGACUCAUGAGCAAAUCCCAGCUAUUCAGUGUUUCAGUAAUUGACAACUGUGCUGUGUGUUUGGCAUCUUCAAUGCACAAUACAGUUUUAGCAGCUUAAAUAAAUAAUUUUUUGUUUGCAUGAAGCACUUUUGAAUACAUUUUAGGAAAUUCCAAGUAUUCAGUAACCAUACAGCUGUGGCUUUGAAAGAGAAAUAAUUGCUUACUGAACCAUUGGUAAACGAUGACAGAUGCUUCAGUAUGGAAAUUUAAAACUAUAAUCUUGGCUAUUUCUGCUGCAACAGAACAGUCAUGUCCAAAAUUGGUUUGGUAUCCAUCCUGGUAGGAAAAACUGUGUGUUUUAAUCAAUGAUUGGGUACUAGAAGUGCGUGUGUGCGCGUGCGCACACAAACACAUUGUGUUUCCAUGCAUCUACCUUGCGUGGGUUCUCUUUCUUUAACUUCCAGAGGUGCAAAGGGCUGUGUGGUUUGGGGAGUGAGGAGGGUUCCCCUGCCAGAAGGAAGUGGAAAAACCACCAUGUAGACAUGCCACUUUGUAUCCCAGCCAAUGUGUUUACAAUAAGUCUUCUGAAAGUAUACUGUUAAGAGUUAAUUCUCCAGUUAUCCUGUAAGACUAUUGUACAGUGACCAUCUACGUUUCAUGUUUUAAUUCCUGUCUUUGAUCUCUUUUUUUCUGCCUUUAAAAAGAGAGAAAAUGAAGAGACUGGCUCUUGCUUGUUAUUCCAAACCAUAUUUUCAUCUCUUAUGUAACUUAUUUUGAAAUGGGCUAUGGAUGGAACAAUUAUUCUAGCUUCUCCCAAUGUCUGUGCUUUUAAAUGGUGGAGGGGCUGUGUGUGGAAUGCUAGAGGAAGCUGGAGGGGGAGGGGAUGCUAUUACCGUACUUGUUUGUAUUUCUGGAAGGUGUUAAGUGUCCAUGAUGUUGCGUUGUUUUUGUGCUGUUACUGGUAUAAAGUCAAGUGCCUUCAAUACUCAAGGCUCAGAAAUUUUCUUACAACAACUUCAUGUCCUAUGCAAGUGUUUUUUCUACAACCUGCAUAACCAGUACUUUGUAAAACUUGUUUACGCUUCAAUUGUACAUAUUGGUUUUUUAAGAAAAUAUAGUAUUUUUAUUUAGGUACCUCUAGAAUUGAAUUCUAGUCCUGUGUGAUGCAUUGUAAAACAAUACAUUUCUCUUUUGAGUACCAUUACAGUUGUAAAAAGGUUUUCACUGGUUCUAUUUUUCUACUGUUGCUGAGAAGCAUGUUAACACUGACUUUAUCCUACAUAUAGUUGGCAUUUCAAAUAAAUGGCUUGUCUAGAAAAA